AUGUUGCCUGCCCUCUACCCCACCCCAGGAAAAACACAAGAUCUAGAGUGUGGUCGAAGCCGCCCCCAGCCCCGUGUUGUGGGUGGCUCUGAUGCCAUGCUGGGAGACUGGCCAUGGCAGGUGAGUCUGCACAAAUACGGCAUGCAAAUCUGCGGUGGCUCUCUCAUUACUGAAUCCUGGGUCAUUUCUGCUGCCCACUGUGUGGUAGAGAAUGGCACUGUGAGUCCACCAGAGGAAUUUUUAGUGGUCUUGGGCUUGUACUCUCUGGACCUGAUACAGUACCAGGGACAGUACCGGAACAUAACAGAAAUUCUGAUUCCCAGUAAUUACACCAUGCCACACCUAGGGAGUGACAUUGCCCUGUUGCGUCUGGCUGAACCUGCCAACCUCACAGAAUCUGUACAGACCAUCUGCCUUCCCCAGGCCAAUCACCACUUCCCCCAAGGAGCCUCCUGCUGGGCAACAGGCUGGGGAGACAUACAGGAAAAGGAAUGGCUGCCCUCACCACAGCUGCUGCAGGAAGUGGAACUAAGGAUUGUUGGAGAGUCAACCUGUCAGUGUCUCUUAAACUCCAAUGGCCCCUUCAAUGAAACAGUGCAGCUACUCCCAGGGAUGCUAUGUGCUGGCUUUAAGGAAGGCAAAAAGGACACCUGCCAGGGAGACUCAGGAGGUCCACUGGUCUGUGAGGAGGCAGGCCAAUGGUUCCUGGCUGGAAUCACCAGCUUUGGCCAUGGCUGUGCGAGGAGGAACCGGCCAGGCAUCUUCACAGCUGUGGCAGCUUAUGAAGACUGGAUCCGAGAGCGAGUGUCUGGCGCUUCCUUCCCUGAACAACCCGAGCCUGUCACACCAGAUAUGCCAGAGGAGCCCCCUAACAACUGCACCCUUGCCUUGCCACAAUGUGGGAGUGCCCCCCGACCUGGUUAUUGGCCCUGGAAGGCUAUUAUAGUUGCCCCAAGAUCCAAUCCCUGCCAUGGGGUGAUGGUAUCAGAGAACUGGGUCCUAGCACCAGCCAGCUGCCUUCUGGGCCUCCAGGACCUAAACAUUAGCAACUGGGAAGUGAUCCUCCCCAAUGCAAAAAGUGUACCUGUUAUCCAAGUCACGUUAAAUAAUAACCACACACUGCAUUAUGGCUAUGACCUGGCCCUUGUGAAGCUUGAAGUGUCUGUAAACUUGACAGAAGAGACAAGACCUGUGUGCUUGCCCCAGUCAUAUCACUACUUUGUGCCUGGAGGCCAUUGCCAUCUGGCCCAAUGGGGUCCUGGAGUGCCACUCUCGGUCAAUAAUUCCUUGUUGGAGGCUGAAAUGAUGACAGCGUGGUGGUGUUAUUGCCUCCAUGGUGAGGAGUUGGAGGAAGUGCCUAUUCCUGGGAUGAACCCUAGAAUCCUGUGUGCUGACUACCAGGAGGAGGAGAAGAGCAGCUGUUGGUUUGGGAGCUGCUGGAGUCUCCUAUGCCAGGAAUCUGGGACCUGGUUUCUGGCAGGUGUUUCUGCGCCCACAGACAGUUGUCUUCGGCCUCGGGUCUUCUCCCCAGUGCAACUUCACGAUCACUGGAUGAGACAUGUCACCCUUACUGCCUACCUAGAGGAUCAACUGGCCUGGAACUGGGGAACCGUAGUGGAUGAAAGGCUCUGUCCCCCCAAAGCCGAUUAUGGAGCUUGUGGCCUUCGACCAGAGGUGUGGGAAAAGAGUAAUCCAUGGCCCUGGAUGUCAGAGGUGCAUGGGACCAGAGGUGGAGCUUGCAUAGGCAGCCUGGUGAGCCCUGGUUGGGUCUUGGCAGCUACUCACUGUGUCAGCAGGAUGGAUAGAAAGCAGAAAUCUCAAGAGCAGUUGAGACUUUUAUACCCCAAGAUUGAAAGAAGGGAAGAUCCUUUUGCAGGCCUCCACAGCAGCCGGUCUUCAGGUUUACCUGGGUGCAACAGGGUCCGGACCCAUUGCCAGGUUUCAAGGUCAGUCAUCAGCAUUCGCUCGCCCAACAGUAUGGGAUCCAACCAUUCCAACACAUCCUUAGUCCUCCUGAAGCUAGAGACCAAGGUGGAGUCCUCCCCCUCCGCCCUGCCUGUCUGCCUGCAUUCUGGACCUGCCCCAACAGAGACAAGCUGCUGGGUGCUGGGCUGGAAAGACAUCUCAAACAGAGUGCCCUUGGCUGUUCCAGUCAGCAUCUUGUCCCCUGAACGAUGCCACUGCUUUUGUAAAAAGAAUGCACUGCCCUCUGGAACCAUCUGUGUCCAAUAUUCCAAGGAAAUAGAGGACAGACCUGAGAUGGAUUCAGGAUCAUCUCUCCUAUGCCAAGAAGAAACUGGCGUCUGGGUCCUGGUUGGCCUAUCCCUGAAGGGAAGCCAGCAGCUUUUUGCGCCAGUGGGAACCCAGUACUCCUGGAUCUCCCAGAUUGUGGAGGAGGCAUCCUUUAUGACACAGUUUAGGUUCAGUCCAGUCUUGGAGGAGACCAGUGGCCUUUGCCCUCCAGACCUGAGCAGCUCUGCAAUACUUCCAAAAGCUGCCCUUCUACUGUUCUUACCUCUGUUUCUACUACUCCGACUUUGAGGGCAAGGGGAGAAGAUGCAAAUGUCCCUGUUUCUCUUCCCCUCCCCAUCUGCCUUUGCUGGAAUGUGCCCAGACAGGUUCCUGGGAACCUCGAAAGCUUCCACACGUACACACACACCUCCAAGGAGGGUGACUUGAUUGACUGAGAUGAUGACGGAACUGCUCAACCCUGGGUGUCUAAUUGGACUUGCGUUCCAACCACUGCUAAUUUGAGCCAAAGAAUCCUGGGGGUGGAAUGAAUACCUGGGUAAUAAACACAAU